AAGAGAAGAGAAGAGAAGAGAAGAGAAGACAGAGGACAGAAGAGAGGACACAGUGACGGAUUCUCUGUGAUCAGCGUCAUGGACUCGGUGUCGGUUUUUAACAACACUCGCGGUUUUUGAAGUUGCCUCAAAGGAUGCGGACUUUUUUACUUCACUGCGUGUUUUUGUGGGCGACGUCGAGGCGCAGCAGCAGCAGCAGCAGCAGCGCGCAGGUUUCUGUACCUGCUGCUGCCACAGUGUUGACGUGCUGUGAAGGAGACAUCGUCCUCCUGCUGGACUCUUCAGGAAGUUUAGCAAACUACGAGUUCUCGCGCCUGCUGCGUUUCACGGCCGAGCUGCUCCGCCCCUUCUCUCUCGGCCGUGGUCAUGUGAGAGUCUCACUGCUGCAGGUGGGCACCAGCCCCAAACUGGAGUUUGGCCUGAACGUCCACAAUGAUCAGGAAAGUCUGCAGAAAGCCGUGCGGCGCGUCCAACACCUGCAGGGAGAUACCAACACUGUGGCGGCGCUCAGGGUGGCUCGGCAGCUCCUGACAGAGGCAGAGGAGGACGUGCCGAAGGUGUUGUUGUGGCUGACGGAUGGCGUGCAGCCUGGAGACGUGGACGGGCCCAUAAAGGAGCUGAAGGCACGGGGAGUGUCUGUGCUAAUCGUGUCCACGGUUCAUGGCAACUACCAGGUGUUACAGCGCGCAGUGACUCCUCCUCUGGAGUCCCACCUCUACGCCGUGGACAUUGAUGACGUUGACAUCAUCACAGAAGAUCUGAGGAAUGCCAUCAUCAAGAUUAUUCGUGCAGAGCGACUGGAUGUGGUCCACUUGACUUCCCACAGUGCUGUGCUGCAGUGGCGCCCUAUUCUGAGAACAGAUAGCGGUUAUUAUGAGCUCCAGUACAACUCCAUGUCAACAACAGACCCUGAGAGCAGACGCACCCUCUCUGGUGACUCCAGCUCGGUGGAGCUGAUUAACCUCCAGCCUGAUACCACGUACACAGCAUCUCUCCGUCCAGAGUCCAAUCAGAGGCUGUUUAACACACUCUCUGUUAGUUUCCUCACACUUCCUGGUGUCUUAAGCCCAGCGGUGGUCGUCGUGUCAGACUCCGGGCCUCAUCAGAUCCAUGUAAGCUGGGGUCCCUUGCAGCCGACUCGGGUCCGGAGAUACACAGUGGAGUACGGAGCUAUUCCAAGUGGAGAUGUCCGGAAAGUGUCGUUAGACGGCCGGGUAAACUCUACCUUACUCACUGGCCUGAAGCAAGGCUCUCAAUACCUGGUCACGGUCAGCGCUCUGCACAUGGAUGGAAAAGAAGUGGCCAUGUCAGUGAAGGCGUGCACUCAGGACGGCACUGAGGAGGAUGUACUAGGGUUGUUGGUAGAAAUCUUAAAGAGUUCCUCGGUGUUCUUGAUGGUUUGUGUCCAAGCUUGAUGGAAAUCUUCAAGAUGAAGACAGGUCAGACUAGUACAACAGACAACGAGCACUGAGCCAACAGCCAUUAGAUGUCUGAGAGGACUUCCAGUCAUUCUCACUAUGUUUUUUAAGAGCAGUUCAGUGAGUAAAGUUUUUGAUUGAAUCUUAAUGAGGGAGAAUCGGUGGACAUUCCCAUGAGUGGGGAGAGAGGGCAGCCUUGUAAUCGAAGCACUUACCAACAUACCUCAGGCAAUGUGCCUCUUGUUUGGCUUUACUGUUGUAAUUGUUGGCAAACACCCAUUUUCAUAAUUUUAUGAAAACAAAGUCUUCCUGUUAUUUUGGAUCUUCAUCUGGUAUUUCACACAGCAUCAUUGUUAAUACAUACGUGUUGCUUUGGUGUGUGUCUAAAUAAAAUGAAUAAAAUUUA